CUGCGAUAAUAAUUAUGUCAAAAAUUGUCAGUUGAUAAAAGCGAUACUGUUUGUUGCUAUUUUGAAAAAACUCUGAAUAUUAGUUGCGAAUUACAAAUUUCAUCGGUUCACUCUGGUAUAUUAUAAAAACUAACAUUAGUUUAAUUUAAGUAACAUUUAUAGACAAUUUUGCUAUUGUAUUCAUAACUUGCACGGAAAAUGGUUGAUGAUAAAGUAGAAAUGGCCAAUAAUAAUGAACAAUUUUUGGCUACUAGUGAUCCAAAGAAUGUACAAGAGUUAACCCAAUAUGUUCAGAGCUUGCUUCAGACGAUACAAGACAAAUUUCAAAACAUGUCUGAUCAGAUAUUAACAAGAAUUGAUGAAAUGGGAAAUAGAAUAGAUGAUUUAGAAAAGAAUAUAGGAGACCUUAUGACACAAGCAGGUGUUGAAGGGACAGAAAAAUAAUAUUAGUUACUCCCCAGUUCAUUGAUUUUGUUGUGGGUAAAUCAGUUUCAUUUUAUAAUGGAUAGUAUGGAAACAUGCUUUUGUCCAAAUAUCACCUUAUGAAGUUUUAUUUUGAUUUAUCAUUUUUAUCGAUUUUUUUCAUUAUAAGUUUUUGUGAUUAUACUGAGAUAGUUUUUUUCAAAUAAAAUUUUUCAUUGCUA